CUCACUCACACACACAACAGAAAGUUUGGAGGCCAGGCGAGCAGUGGGAUACCGACGGAUAGGAAGUGACGGGAGUGCAUGAAUUGCAGAAGGAGAGUAAAAAAAAAAAACAGGAGACGGGAAUAUCAAUACAAAGCAGAAUGAGAAGCAACGUGCGAUUAUCGGAGUGUCGGCUGUAGCGCGAGGGGCAAACUGAAAUGCGCAUGAUCUUAUCAACAACGCCGGAGCGAGAGACUUUCAAUGGAAGUGAACUCGGCUCCCACAAGUGAAAAGCAGAGAUUUUAGUAAAAGGAGGGUUACUGUCGACUGGUGUCCAUGCCCGUGCUUGUGAUUCUAGAAAGUGCUGGCACACAGGGGGACACAGGCUACAGAAGCGCGACCUAUAAACUCUGAAUAUGAAGGAGAAGACUUUACGACAAAAUCCAAGAAAAUAGUAAAGGGGGAUAUGAACGCAGAUCUUUGGCUUUCGCCUCGAUUUUUUCCUGUCGGGUUCAGUUUUGCGUCUUUGGGGAUGUUUGCGAGUUGCGUCUCUGCGACUUCAGUUCGGACGCUGACCCGUCUGUGCGCCCUGGUGCUGGUGGUCGCUGUGGGACUCGGUUCGGAGCUGCGGGUCCGGGUCCGGCUCGCUGACGGACUGGUGACCGAGGAGGUUUUGGAGGCGGACAGUGAGAGGGACUCGAUAUCGCUCGAAUUCAAGCAGGGGGACGGGACACUCAUCACUUUUGUGGCGGACUUCAAACAGGAUGUGAAGAUAUUCCAGGCGCUGAUCCUGGGCGAGCUGGAAAGAGGGCAGAACCAGUACCAGGCCCUGUGCUUCAUCUCUCGCCUCAGCCGCAAUGAGAUCAUCCCGAGCGAGUCCAUGGCCCGUCUCAGACAGAAAAACCCUCAGGCCAUUCGUUUGGCGGAGGAGCGGCGAGGACUGGAGCAGCUGACGAUGAGCGCGGCGGUCAAUCUGAGCCAGGCCUCUCAACUCAGCUCCCACAUUCACAACAUGUGCAGCGAGGCCCGGGAGGCCAUUUACACCAGGGAGUCUGAUGUCAAACACUGGCUGGACAAAGGAGUGGAUGGCUCUAUAUUCGAGGUCCUGCCCCAAACAACGGAGGUGCCCAACUUUCAGGCCUGUCACUCAACUAAAGACUUGUGGCAGCCCUGUCUCUGCACAUACAGCCUGCGUCUGGAGUGGUACCCCUGUCUGCUGAAAUACUGCCGCAGCCGGGACACCACGGGCAAAGGCUCGACCUACAAGUGUGGCAUUAAAAGCUGCAGUAAGGGCUACCAUUUCACUUACUAUGUUCCCCAAAAACAGCUGUGUCUGUGGGACGAGGAGACCUAGCAUUUUGUUCUGGAUGGUUAAGAAAUGAGAAAUACUUAUUUUUUCCUUCCCCGGUCAAGCCAAUGCUUCCCCACCCAUGCUAUUCAAAGUAAACACAGUAACACUGGACCUCGGUUUAUGUGAUGUUAAAUUAAACUGUCUCAGGUGGGGAGAGCGGAGAUCCAGACAUUUAAGCUGAAACAGAAAUGAAUUCAGGUUCCAAACGAAACCAAACCUUUGAGGAAGGAGACACGUCGUUCUAAGAGGACCCACUAACUUUAAGCCUUUUCUGGGAAAAUGACAUAUUAUUGUCAGCUAUUAUGUGACUUUGCUGAAAAGCUGUCACUUUGUGCCUUUUUUUGGAGAAAUUAUUGGAGCAGAUGCCAACAACAAAAACCUCCCAGACUAGUUACAGUAUGCACAAAGUUGGACAGUGCAUCUUUGAUCCAAUAAAAGCCCAGCAGAGGAACAACAGAGUCUAAAGCAAAGGAGUCGUACUGGACAAACAUGAUCUGCCAUCCUGGUGAAGGAAAAUUUGGAUGGUGGAAUUCUUAAAAAUGCUCUGUGAAAACUAGCUAAACACCUGUUUAUGACUAUGUAAGCUGGCUGACAAAGGAAUACUUCUUUUAUGUUGGCUUUAUUUAUUUUGGUUGCAUAGUGAAAUUAUUGAGGACUAUUUUUUCUAUCUUUUUUGCAUUAAACCAGCUCUUACAGUCUAAACCACAGGUCCUCAGUAACAUAAACACGCUACAGAUCAUUUCAACCUCUUGGAUUUUGGAUGUUGUCUCCAGACUCAUCCACACAUCAAGAUACUUUGUUACAAAGUUUUCAUGGUUGUACAGAGUGUGGAUAAACAGGUUUAUUGUCUUCUUCAAUAGAACAGUUCCAGCUCUGCUUUGCCUCAUCAAUACACAUGGGGAGACGUCAUGCCCACCGCUCACAUUCUCAGUUUAAAAGUGUCAAAUAAACCAAAGUCAAAGAAAAUACUGUCAAAAGAAGAGUAUAAUGUUUUAGUUUCUAGAAACACACUCUUCACUGUGGUGUUUUUUCCAUGUUAGGAUCCACUGAAACUGCAGUAUGGCCUUCUUAAUAACCUAUACUGCCAUCUUCUGGUUAAACCGUGUUUCACUUUCUUGUGUUUUCUGUUGCAUCCCAAUGCCAAAUUGUGGUUUUUGGUUUUCAGUUUUGUCUGUUCAUGUCAACAGUUACAUGUCUAUAAUUUAUGCAACUCAAAUCCCUGAUCAUUUUUUAAUUAUGUAAUUCAAGGAGCACUUCUUGAACUUGUGGGACCAAAUUUCAUUUUGUGUGUCUGUUCUUUAGAGCAAUACGUACGCUUUUGGUUUGUCUUACCUCCAUCUUCAUUUCAGUCCUUACUGCCAUAUCAGCAGGUCAUUUUUGUGCUUUGUGUGUUGGUAUGUCCUGCUAACUAAAGAACCAAAUGAGUGAACAAUUUCUAUUUGUGGCCUUAACUGGUGAUCAAGUGCCUUAACAUUUCCACUGAUAUAUUUGCUAUGUAAUUGUAGAUUAAGUUUGUAAACAUAUUUUUUUUUCUAUGAAAGAGUUUUGAAUAUGUUGUAAAAAGUUGCCAUAAGGAGAAAUUGAAGCAAUUAGGUAAUGUACCAUUUAAGAGUUGAGUUUUACAGGAGUUGUUUCAAUAAAGUCUUUCUUUGCACUGCAUAUACAGGU